GCAAUAGCUCAAAGCUUAGCCAAUGGAGUACUGCCCUUCUUGGCUCUUUUGGCUCGGCCUCCUCCUCCCGGCACUUCUAAUUUUCCUUCUCAACCGGAAGCGCACCAAGCUUCCCCCUCAGCCCCCCGCAUGGCCCGUGAUCGGCAAUAUCCUCGACCUCGGGACCACACCGCACCAGAACCUCCACCACUUCCGAGCCAAGCACGGGCCUGUGACGUGGUUGAAGCUCGGCUCCGUGAACACCAUGGUGAUCCAAUCAGCUCAGGCCGCCGCAGAGUUCUUCAAGGGCCAUGACUUCGCGUUCGCAGACCGCAAGUGUCCCCAUGCAAUGACAGCUCUCAAUUAUGACCAAGGUUCGCUCGCUGUGGGUCGUUACGGUGGCUACUGGCGCGUUCUCAGGCGUCUCUGCUCUGUUGAGCUCCUCGUGACCAAGCGCGUCAACGAGACAGCCCAUCUCAGGCAGAAGUGCGUCGACAAUAUGGUCGCGUAUUUAGAGGAAGAAAUGGCGGUUAAACAAGUAACGACAGAGCAAGGAAUCGACUUAUCCCACUUCCUCCUUCUCAUGGGAUUUAAUGUGGUGGGUAAUAUGGUGCUCUCGCGGGAUCUGUGGGACCCAAAAUCAAAGGACGGGCCCGAGUUCUUCGAUGCCAUGAACCGGUUCAUGGAAUGGGCUGGCAAGCCCAACGUAGCCGACUUCCUGCCGUGGUUGAAAUGGUUGGACCCGCAGGGGAUCAAGGCAAGCAUGGCGAAGGACAUGGGUCGAGCCAUGAACAUUGCUGAAGGUUUUGUAAAAGAGAGGUUGGAGGAGCGAAAGCUAAGGGGAGAGAUGAGAACGACAAAUGACUUCUUGGAUGCGGUAUUGGAUUAUGAGGGCGAUGGAAAAGAAGGCCCUCGCAAAAUCUCUUCCCAGAACGUCAUCAUAAUAAUUCUGGAAAUGUUUUUCGCUGGAUCAGAUACCACAAGCAGCACCAUCGAGUGGGCGAUGGCGGAGCUACUCCGCCAACCCGUGUCAAUGAAAAAGGCCAAAGAUGAGAUUAACCAGAUUGUGGGGUUGAACAGCAAACUCGAAGAAAGUGACACGGAAAAAAUGCCGUUUUUGCAAGCUGUGGUGAAGGAAACCCUAAGAUUGCAUCCACCAUUACCUUUGCUUGUCCCACGAAAUGCUAUAAAAGAAACCAAUUUCAUGGGCUUUGAUAUACCCAAAGAUACCCAGGUUUUCGUGAAUGCAUGGGGCAUUGGAAGAGACCCAGAUGCUUGGGAGGACCCAUUAGCAUUCAAACCAGAGAGGUUUCUAGGAUCUAAAAUUGACUACAAAGGUCAAAACUUUGAGCUAAUUCCAUUCGGAUCAGGCAGAAGAAUGUGCGUCGGACUUUCGUUGGCAGAUAGGGUGCUUCAUCUCGGUCUUGCGAAGUUGCUGUAUCAUUUCGAUUGGGAACUCGGUGAUGGUUUGACUCCAGAGACCCUCGACAUGAGAGAGCGGGUGGGAAUAACAGUAAGGAAGCUCCAUCCCUUAAAAGUGAUACCUAAAAAACGUAGUGCGUGAGGUCUUUAGAAUAUCAUUCGGGGUAACUAGUUAUAUUCCUUACUGGUUAAUAAGGAAAUGACAAGACGUGAUGUCAUGUAUCCAAAACAAGCAGAAGAUGUUAAGUUUCAUGAACAUAAUUUCAACAUAUUAUUACCCUAAGGUUGUUGGCGCUGAUGUUAUUGUGUCGAG